GAGCUGUUAUUAAAAAAAUAUUUCGUUUGUCAAUAAAUGAAAAUUGGAACUUGGAAGUGGAAAAUAUUAUUUUCUAGUUCAUACAAUUUAUUAGCAAUUUAGAUUAUAUUAGAAUUAAAAGAAUAGAUUAAAAUAUUGACCAAUAUUUUCGAUACCUAAUAAAAUAUUUCACCUCUUUCAUUGCGAGCUUAAUAUGUCGGAUAAAAUGCCCGAACAGGUGUUAGACGGAGACACGUGGCCGCAAGAGGCCGAAGCGGUCAUCAACGACAUAAAGAAGCACGUCAUCUCCGCAGAAAUCUCACCAAAGCUACGAAACACGAACCAAGGUGUUUACAUCAACCUCACAACCUUGGAAGACUCCGAAUACUGCAUAGAGAUGUCGCCCUCAGGGUUCAGAGUCGUGGGCAGGAAACACAAUGACAAGAGUCUCUCCACCAUCGAGAAUAUGAACUACGAAACGCCGUACGCCUUACUCAACAGCAUAAGUCAGAAAUACAGGGAAUCUUUUGGCGGUGAACUGAUGAACAAACUAUUAGAUCUGGCGAAGAAUUCCAAAGGCUAACUGGGUUCAUUCAAUCGUUAAUUUGGAUCUGUAGAUGAUAUAAAUGUACUAAAUAGAAAAUAGGUAUAUCUAUCUAUGUACUUUAUAUUUAUAUAUACUGUACAGUUCUACCACUUUUAUAAGUCGCAUUGGCUAAAUUGCAUAACCAUAAAAUCAAAAGAACAGCAAUGAAAUACCAACUAUAUAUUAUUUAUGUUAUUGUAGAGGGUAGGUAUCAGUGUUGGUAUGAAUAUGAGGGUAUUUACUGAUUUGAGCUCAGUUGUUUGUGAGACAGCGUAGACAACAUGACGCGAAGAUAACCAAUAGCGGACGGACGCGCACUAUUUGGCUGAUUGGCUUAUAUAUUUUUUUACGGCAUUGAAACUUGUAAAAGUGAUAGUACUGUAGGUACUUUUUAUAGGUAUGUCUGUUAUUGACUAACAGAGUUAAUUGUUUGGCACUUUGUCACUUUAGAAACUAAAUUAAAAUUAAUUUCCAAAAUCCAAAUUGCAUCAAAAUGGAAACUUUUUCAUGUUAGUACAAAAUGGCCUCAUUGAGAACUAUUUCUUAUUUAUAAGUCUUGAUCAAAAUCAUAAUAUAUAUGUAAUUUUUAUGUUUGUCUCUAUGUUAUAGAUAUAUUAUGCCCUACAAUCACAAAACUCGUAGGUGCAUACAUCCCAAUAAAAUCCAAAAUCCAUUUUUGGAAGUUAGAUUGAUUGAUAGGUAUUUUAGCGUCAUAGAGGGUAAAGUUCCUUGUUUGGAUAUGUUUUUCCUGCACAUUUAACUACAGGCCCAUGAGGUCAUCUACGCCUCAUGUCGUGAGGCGCAAGGCAUCACAUUGUUGGGCGUAUUCCUGGCAAGUUUGUCUGUGAGGCGUUGCUCUGUUAUAAGUUAGUUGUAAGAAGUUUCUAUAGAAAUAUAAUUUAUUUGUGUAAAACAAUAUGGAGCUUAAAAGAGCAUAUAAAUGGCACAGACUGAGUACAAACGUAUAUGUAAACUUUAGACAAAUAUACAAUCAUUGUGUAGCAACAUUGCGAUAUAAUAAACUAUUAUUUAUCUCGUA